UAAUCGGCCGUCCCCGCGACUCCGAGGAGCCGCGAGAUAGCGGUCGUCCCGGGGAGGACUUCUCAGUCGUCGUCUUGCCACCAUGGCGUGCGGAGGGUGGCCGGCGUGUACCGUGCUCUUGUUCCUACUGUUCGUCAAUUCAGUCAACUCCCUCUCCGAGGCUGACCUUUACCCGUACGGUGUCAACCAGGACCAAAGUCUUCCGCGCGAGAAUGACAUCAGUUCGGCCGAGGUUCAAUUGAACACACCCAUCACCUUUUAUGGCACCGAAUACUCGACGCUAUACGUGAACGACAACGGGAUCGUGUCUUUCCUGACCGAGGUGCCGAGCUUCUUCAGCGCCCCGUUCCCGCUCACGUACCCGAUCAUGGCGCCGCUCUACUCGGACGUGGACACGAGAGGCGUGGGACGCGUGUUCUACCGAGAGACGCAGGAGCCCUCGCUGCUGGCCCGGUUCGAGCAGACGGUCGGGGCCAACUUCGCGGCCGGCUCCUCGUUCCGGGCUCGCAGCCUGUUCGUGGCCACCUGGGAAGGAGUGGGCUACUACGAGCGCAAGGCGGACCGUCGCAACACCUUCCAGCUGGUCGUGGGUUCGGACACCGGUCGGGCGUACGCGAUGCUGCUCUACCCUCGCGGCGGCGUCCAGUGGGUUCAGGCGGAGCCCAAGAGCCCCGCGCUGCCCGACGCCAAGGCGCAGGCGGGAUUCAUGGCCGGCGACGGACGCCGCUUCACGGCGCUCCGGGGAUCCGGCACCGACCACGUCGUCAACCUGGACAAGAUGAGCAACACGGCCGUGCCGGGUCAGUGGUUGUACCAGAUCUCGGGCAACGAGGUGGUCGGGCCCGACCUGGUCAACGUUGACCUUCUCAGCGGCGGGUCCACCUGCACCGCGGCCCGAGAGCCCUGCCCGCCGUCCACCGUGUGCCAGGACUACGACACCGGCUACUGCUGCCACUGCGACCGAGGGUUCUUCGGGAACGGCAAGAACUGCAUCGCCAACGGCUCGCCGCAACGCGUGACGGGCAAGCUGACGGGCUCUCUGAACGACGCGCCCAUCGCCGGCGAGGUGGACUUCCACUCGUACGUGGACACGACCAACGGGCGCACCUACACGGCGCUCAGCAGGGUGUCGCCGUCGUCGCUGGGCAGCGACCUGCGAUCGUUGCUGGCGCUGGGUGACGUCAUCGGCUGGCUCUUCGCCCUGCCUCAGGGAGACCACGCACGCAACGGAUUCGUCCUCACCGGCGGCGAGGGCAACUUGACCACGGAGGUGCGCUUCAAGCAGACUGGCCACCACGUGACCAUCCGCGGCCACUUACAGGGCUUCGACGUGUUCAACAUGAUGAAGAUACGCCUCGAGGUGCGCGGCAGCCUGCCUUCGGUGGCCCAAGGCAUGGGCGUCACCGUCGAGGACUUCACGCAGGACUACAACGUCGUCAGUCCAGGUCUCGUCCUGUCGCACCUGUCGCACUCGUUCCAGCUGGAAGGCAGCUCUCUGCCCAUCGAGUACACGGUGGACACGACCCUGUCGUUCAGCCAGUGUCCGCACAUGCCACCCGGCGUGGCUCAGCAGCGGGUGCACGUGUCGCGCAACUUCAUCGACUUCGACGACAAGGACGGCAUCGUUCGCUACGCGCAGUCCACCAAGGUCACCGCUGUCGACGGCAGCGACCCGUGCCAGGGCGUCGAGUGCGGCGAGCACAGCCGCUGCGUGCCGGACGGCGCCGAGACGCGGUGCCAGUGCGACGCCGGCUACGAGGCGCUCACGCUGCCGCAGAGGACGUCGGCCGCCUGCGUGGACGUGGACGAGUGCCAGAGCGGACGACACAACUGCCACGUGCACGCGGAGUGCGUAAACAUGGACGGCAGCUUCGCCUGUCGGUGCCGUCCUGGAUACGCGGGCGACGGCAUCAGCUGCCAGCGGUUAGAGGCGCCGACGUGCGCCUCGCUGCGCUGCGACCCGGCGGCCGAGUGCGUUCAGCCGAGCCCCCGCCACCCGCCCCAGUGCCGCUGCCCCGUGGGAUACACGGGAGACGGCAGUUCGUGCGUGCCGGCCGCCACCGACUGCAGACAGCGGCCACUCAUGUGCGACGAGAACGCGCAGUGUCAGUACGACGCCCCUACCAGGACGUAUGGAUGCAAGUGCCGCACGGGUUGGCGAGGCGACGGCAGCUUCUGCGCCCAGGAGUCGUGCCUCGAGGCCAACGACUGCCACUCGGACGCGCAGUGUGUGUACGACCGCCAGGUGGACUCGUACUACUGCGCCUGCAGUCCGGGCUUCUCGGGAGACGGCUACGUCUGCUACCCUCAGGGCGGACCUCAGAGGCCCGGAUGCAACGUCGUGGCCAACUGCCAUCCGCGCGCCCACUGCGUCUACAACGCCUCUGCUGGACAGCACCAGUGCCGGUGCAUGCCGGGAUACCGCGGCGAUGGCUACCAAUGCAUCCACAGCCGUGACUCCGGCUGCGACACGUCCUCGGACUGCGCCCCCGUGGGCGCCGCCUGCAUCGCGACGCCCGACGGUCGCCGGGAGUGCCGCUGCCUCGAGGGCUUCGAGGGCGACGGCCGACGCUGCCAGCCGCUGGACGAGUGCUCGACGGCCGACCAGUGCGACCCGAACGCCCAGUGCGCCUACGACGGCCAGCGCUAUCGCUGCGUCUGCGCGCACGGCUACCGGGGCGACGGCCGGACUUGCCACCCACCCGUAGACACCGGGGCGCCAGCUCCGUGCGACUGCGGGCCGUACGCGCGCUGCGUGUACGAUCCUGCGACCGGGUCGCAGCGCUGCGUCUGCGAGCCCGGAACGGACGGUGACGGCUACGUGUGCCGUCCGUCGGCGGUGAGGCCUUUGUCGUGUCUGGACGACCCGACGUUGUGCGCCCGGAACGCCGAAUGUGUGGCCGCCGAGUCUCGAGGACACGUUUGCCAGUGUCAGCCGGGUUUCACGGGCGACGGGCGCACGUGCGCCCCGGCGCCUCGGGCCACCGGGGAAGAGUACCUGCUGUUCGGACAGGGCAUGUCCAUCCUGCAGAUGCCCUUAGAGCCCAGCAAGAGCAACCCUGGGCGCCUUCUCCUCAUGGAACCCCAUCAGACGGUGGUCGGAAUCGCGGCCGACUGCGUCGAGCAGCGCAUCUACUGGACGGACGCAGCUUCCGGAGCCGUGAGGCGCGCCUUCUACAACGGGUCGUCGGCCGACGUGUUCCGGGCGGGCCUGAGGUCGCCCGAGGGCGUCGCCCUCGACUGGGCCUCGCGCAACCUCUUCUGGACGGACUCGGUCGACGACACGGUCGAGGUCGCCUCCCUGGAUGGCGCGUACCACCACGUGAUCGUCAACACGGGUCUAGUCAACCCUAGGGGCAUCGCUGUGCACCCAGCGUUAGGGCGUCUGUAUUGGAGCGACUGGGAUCGUCGCUCCCCGCGCAUCGAAUCGUGCCACAUGGACGGCUCCGGCCGGCUGGUGCUUGUGGAAGGUGACGGCCUCCAGACGCCCAACAUGCUGGCGCUCGACCUGGAGCACAACGACCUGUGCUGGACGGACGCCGGACGGCACACCGUCGAGUGCGUCAACCUGAACGGGCUCAACCGGCGCGUCGUGUACACACAAGCGCAGUACCCGUUCGGACUGGCCGUUGCCGCUGGAAAGGUCUACUGGACAGACUGGACCAU